UUUAACCACAAAAACAAAACAGCACGCAUUUUGUGGCUAGAGUAGCUACUCCAGGAAUUUUUACUUCCAAAUUUAAAUGCAUUUAAAAUUUAUAAAGUUUUUAAAUUAUUUUGAACUUAAAAGGAAACAGUUAAAUUCUUGAAAUCAAACAUAGCCAACAAACAUGUCUCGUGUGACACGCCGCAAACAUGUACUCAAAGAGAUGAUGGAGGACGAUUUUGAAUUGCCCAAUGAAAAUCAGCAGAUAGUACGGGUAGUUUGCAGUCGAGGCAACAAUUUGCAUGAGGUGGAAACCGCCAAUGCAGAUGAUGAAAAUUUUCUAGUUACCAUGCCAACGAAAUUUCGCAAAAACGUUUGGGUUAAGCGGGGCGACUAUAUUCUCGUAGAGCCUAUAGAGGAAGGUGACAAAGUCAAAGCGGAGAUUUGUAAGAUCCUAACACCUGAACAUAUUAAGGAGUACACAAAGGCCAAAAUUUGGCCAGAAUGUUUUGCCAAGAAAAAUAAUCAAAAUAUUGAAAGUGAUGGUCAAAAUAAUAAAUAUGUUGAUAGCGAUAGUGACGAUGAUGACUUGGAACCAAAUAUGAACAGGCCCAUGCCGACAAGGAACAUUGAGGAUGAUAGUGAUGAAGAUGAUGAUUACUCAAGUUCAGAAGAGGACUAGUGUAAUAGCCGUUAGUAGUAAUAAUAAAAUUCUUUCCAUUAUGAUUUAGAAAAAUAAAUUUUAAAUUGGAUUCUAUAAAAAA